AUGGCGGAAGCUUCGUGCAGUGGCGGAACGCCCUUCAAGCAGCUCAUAGAUCACCAGUCCCGCGAUGUCAGCCAUCACCAAGACCGUCUAGUCAACGGCAGCCAGCCCCUCGGAGCUUUCCGAUCGCAGUCUCAAAACAUGGCGCAAGGUCCCCAAGAGUUUGAUGCCUUCAUGGGCACGCCGGCCGGUCUGCCAGGCAUGCCCCACGACCCCGCGGGCCGCCUCGCCGCCCACGCCGCCGCCUUGAAUCCCGCCCAAGCCUCGGCCAGCGCCUUUCGCCCGUCAGUCGCCCCCGAGCUCACAUACCACGCAUCCCACGCCGCUGCCCCGGGCAUGAGCAGCAACUGGGCGGCCGACUUUGCCAGCUUUGCUGCGCAGCAGCCGCAGCGACAGCAGCCGCAGCAACGGCCCGGCGGUCCCGCGUUUGCCGGUGCCGCCAACCCCAUGCAGAUGGGUGGCUUCCACGGCGCAUUCGCGCCGUCGCACGCGGGCAGUUUCUCCCCCUUCUUCGCGCCAGCGGGCGGUGCGUACGCGCAGCAGCCGGUGGCGGCGGCUGGCGAGGCCGACUUUGACCAGGAGAUGGCCAAGUGGAUGGCCAGCAACGCGGCUGCCUCGGGGAACAUGGCGCAGGUCGACGCCGCCAUGGAGCAGAUGGCGCGCGAGCUCGAGCUCAACGAUCAGGCGCUUGCGGACGCGGACGCGGCGACCGCGGCCACGCAAGACGAGGGGCACUUCUCGGACCUCGGCGUCCCGGAGAUUAACAACCUGUCGCUUGACAGCCGCGAGGCGCCCACCGUCACGCCGCCGGAGCCGCUGGAGGAGGAAAACACGGUGGCUGACAUGCUCGCCGACGACGCGCGGAGCAAGUCGGCCGUGUCCGAGGCGGCCGAGCGGCUGCUCGAGUCGGUGCAGCACGAGAGCGGCGAGAAGUGGCAGAACUCGGUGUUCCUCGCCCUGAUGCGCGACUUUCGCGACGGCAAGAAGGACAUUAUCGGCAACGAGGUGCAGCCAACCGAGGGCGCCGGCCCUUCGGGUGAGGCCAGCAGCAGCGCUGCCGACGCCGCCGUGUCGGAGAGUGUCGCCGAGGAGGCGUCUGCCCCGCCGGCGACGUGA